AUGCUGUCCAAGACAGAUCCGUCUUUGAAGGUGGUGCACGGCUACGAAGCCUCGCUCCGGAGCAUCCAAGAACGGUGUCGUGGCAGCUCCAUGGAGCGCAUCGAAGAGGCCGUGUGCGCUGCGCUGGCGGACCCAGAGGCCGAGCGCAUGGGGCUACGAUUCGUGGUGCAAGUCAGGAUUCCCUGGAGUUGCCACACAUUGACCUCACCCCCUUUCCGGCUUGCAAACAUGGAGGCGGGCCUACAGAUGUUUCGACGCCUCCAUGCAGCACGCAUGAGUGUGUGUGCUUUGGCACAUGGCCGUAGCCAAAGAGGCCGGGCCAACUUGGCAGAGCCCAAAAUGCAAUUGGCGUGGCAAGAGCUGAGGGAGGCCUACUUGGACUCCACCAAGCGAAGCCAACGUUCACUGUCUCGUCUUCAGCUCUUAGAGGCUGACUUCCAGACUCGUCAAAAGCGAGAUCUGGCAAAGGUCCAGAAGGCCCAAGUGGCGCCAGCGGACAGGGCGCAGAAGCAGGUGGAGGUCCUCCUAUCUCGCUGGAGCUUCCAAGCUGACCGCAAAAGGCCGAAAGUGAGCCAUUGCCAGACAAGGCUUGAUUGA